CGCCAUCCGGUGUCGGUUGCACAAAGGGAAAUGCCAGGCUCUUGUUGCAUCGAAAAGAGCUUGAGUUAAGAAUUGUUGUUGUUGUUCUUGCUGCUGCUGUCUGUUGGGGAGAGGUUUGGAAGAGGAGGAGAUGGAAAUGUGCGAGAAUCACCAUGAGCCCCUGAAGCUCUUCUGCAAAGACCAUGAAUCCCUCAUCUGCUUGGUCUGCGACAGAGCCACAGAGCAUCGAGGACACAAUGUGGUCCCUGCAGAGGAAGCUGCCCCAGGCUACAAGGAAGAAAUCGAGGGCCACCGGAAGUCUGUGGAGCUCAUGAGAAAGAAUCUUGAGGACCGUGUGUUGGCCGAAGAGCUGGGAAGCCAAGAAUGUCUGGCUAAGCUAGAAGCAGAGACAAUGAAAGUCAAGUCUUCCUUUCACCGGAUGAGCAGAUUGCUCGAAAAAAUGGUGCACCUCAAGCUGACCCAGAAGGAAGAACUGAAGAGAGAGAUCAAUAAGAGGCAGCAAGAAAACGUCAGCAGGCUCUCCAAGGAGAUCUCCCGCCUCAACGAUAUGAUCGUCGAGAUGGAGGAGAAGUGCCAGCAGCCGGUCUGUGGAUUCCUACAGGACAUCAGGAGCGACUUGAGCAGAUAUGAAAAGGAACAAGUAAGGGAUGCAAUUGAGCUUUCUCCUGGAUUGGAAGAGGCAGUUGGAGUUUACUCAGACUGCAGCUCUGCUUUAGGAAUUGCUGUGGAGACAUUUAAAGAGUCCUUGGAAUUCCUGGAGCCUGCACUGUACAAAGUGAUGGUGACUCUGGAUCCAGACACAGCACAUCGCCGCCUCAUUCUCUCUGAGGACCUAAAAACUGUGAGGAAGGCAGAGGAAGACCAGACCCUGCCUGACAAACCGGGGAGAUUUGAUGUUGGGCCCUGUGUGUUGGGCCGCGAGCGAUUCACUUCUGGAAGACAUUUGUGGGAAGUGGAGGUGGAGAACGAAGGCACCGGGGCGAUGUGGGCUGUGGGGGUAGCACGAGAGUCUGUCAGGAGGAAAGGAAAGGGCAGCUUCAGGCUGAUUCCCAGCGAGGGAAUCUGGGCUGUGGGGGCGAUAAUGGGUGAACUCGUAGCGUUUACCUCCCCCAAACAGACCCCUUUGGCCUUGGGGCAAGACCCCAGGAAUAUCCGUGUGACCCUCGACUAUGAAGAGGGACUUGUGGAAUUCUUUGAUACGGACAGAGAUGAGCUGAUCUUUUCUUUUACGGGAGCCUCCUUCUCUGGGCAGAAGAUCCGGCCCUACUUCUGGGUAGGGUACAGAUCCCAGCUGAGGUGCUGAAUCCCAGGAAGGAGAUCCCUCCCCUUGUUUCUUAUCACUUCCCCGAAAGAAGGAAGCAUUCUAGCAUUUUUUCUUCAUAGCUCCAUGAAAGGUUCCCAAGCCAUUUUUCAGCCUCGGUGGGUUUUCAGUAGGACUUCCUGAUCUCAGAGCAGGAAGAGUGGCUAUAAAUGGAAUCAAAUCGUAGAAUCACAGAAUUGGAAGGGACCCCGACUUUUCAUCUAGUCCAGCCCCCCUGCAAUGCAGGAAUCUCAACUAAAGCAUCCAUGUACAAAUAAAAAAAUAAUACCACAGAAAGUUUGGUGCUGGCUCCCUUUUGUGGCAGACUUUUGAAAUAUUUAUAUCCGCAUGCAAAAAUGGAAAAAGAAGCUACAAACAACAGGUGUCAUCGUAGUCUUCUUCUUUUGCUUGAGCUCAUAUACCUUUAAAGGUGGUAUGGCAGGCAGAAUUUCAACUGGUACAGACUAUCCCGUCCCUGCAU